AUGAUGAGAGGAGAAACGGCAUGGAGCGCCGUAUCAUCUCUCUGUGAGAUGUUGAUAGUCCAGAAAGAGGCUGUACAGAGCGGUAUCGAGAGAGAACAAAUCCCACUCAGAGCCGGGGCCACCGACGCGUCCAUGCCCUUCGUCACGGCCCUCCAAACGGAAAUGUUGAACGGUGUUCCCCUAACAGAAAAGGGGCCUCAUCCUAGUGACAUGACGUUGUCGAACGCAAUAUGCCUGAGCUUCUUGUUGGAUAUAAACUUAAAAAGAUCAGGAAUGAGUUCUAUUGCCAUGGCUAUUGCUGAAUCAUCAGCUGCAGCACAAAGACUGCGAAAAGAAGCAGAAAAAGGAAUAAGAUUUAGAAGAAGCGCGGGAAGAGUGGUGCAAGCAAGGCGAGUUGCAAAGGGAAUGAACAUCGAUGCUGAUCCUGUACUUCUAGCCCAACAGUUAUCUGCUCGACCAUCCAUUGUGUCUGUUACUUCAGAAGAGGGUACCUACAAUAUUCAAGCACAACCUUUGCCAUCUGAUUUUGGUUUCGUACCACCGCUUAAGAGUCCUUCACAAUCGUCUCGCGCUUCUUCUAUAACGUGUGUAUCAACCUCAAGGAGAUCAAGCUACCAUGCAGUAUUGGAACCGGUCAAAGAAGUGCGACGCACCGCGUUAGUACGACGUCGUUCUGAUGGAUCGCUGCUGCAACCUCGUUAUAUGAAUAUCCAACGUCGCAUUAAAAUAUAUGUGUCGAAUGAUGAUGAUGACAUG